UCACUCCACCCCUCUCUCAGUCCCCCAGAAAUCCGUUAUUCACUCUUUCUAAUCUAACCUCGGCGUUCCGUUCUCUCCGAACAGCAGGACCGACGACCGACGCCUAUCCCUGGACGUCCAACAUUUCAUCCCUCUACGGAUGAAAGGGAAACGAGAAGAGUGGCUCUCUCAUCUCACGAUAGUGGUCAAGAACGGCUCCAGUACUGACGCCAGGCUGGGACAGACUAGACGGCAAAGAAGUUUGGAAAUAUUUGCGUCCCUACAUUACACAUCUCAUCGGUGUCUUUAACUCCCCUAGGAACUUUUUGGGAAAGAUGCGGGCGUGUAGCGAAGGCAGACAGGCCGAACCGUAAACGCCAAACUCAUUGCCUUUAAGCACGAACUUAUCACAGGGAUAAUUUAAAAAGCUGUUCUCGGGGAGGUGGUUUUCCUCUGUGCUUAUAGGAUCUCAUACCAUUCUCUUUUUUUACUUUUUGAAAGUGACUUUUUUAAAACAGAAGAACUUUUCGAACAUACCGGACCAAAAAUGUUGGCGUGGCUCAGUGACGUGUUCUGGGACGAGCGGCUCUGGUUCCCCAAGGGUUUGGGCUGGAAGGACCUGAAGGAUCGGGACGACCGGGUCUACGCCAAACCCGCUGACCUGUGGGUGGUGCUGCCCAUGGCUCUGGGCUUGAUGGUAGUGCGCCAGAUCUUUGAGAGGACGGUUGGCAUGCGGUUAGCGGCUCUGCUUGGUGUUAAAGCGACAAAGCGGCAUCGAGCCACGCCCAAUCCAGCACUAGAGGCCUUCUACUCCAAAACCACCAAAUACCCAACACAGAGUUCUGUAGAAUCAUUAUGUACGCAAACAGGUUACACACAACAGCAGGUGCAGAGAUGGUUCCGCAGGCGAAGAAACCAGGACAGACCCAACCUCCUGAAGAAGUUCCAGGAGGCCAGUUGGAGGUUCACGUUUUACCUUCUGCUGUUUGUGGGUGGACUGGCUGCCCUGAUCGACAAACCCUGGCUGUAUAACUUGGACGAGAUGUGGAAAGGCUUCCCAGUGUUGACCCUGCUGCCAUCUCAGUACUGGUACUAUGUGAUUGAGCUCAGCUUCUAUGCCUCGCUACUCUUUAGUGUCGCCUCAGAUGUCAAGCGCAAGGACUUUAAGGAGCAGAUCGUCCACCAUGUGGCCACUAUCCUCCUCAUCAGCUUCUCCUGGUGCGUCAACUACAUCAGGGCCGGAACUCUGAUCAUGCUGCUGCACGAUUCCGCCGACUAUCUGCUGGAGUCAGCUAAGAUGUUUAACUACGCUGGCUGGAGGAACACCUGCAAUAACAUCUUCAUCCUCUUCGCUGCUGUCUUCAUCAUCACCCGUCUCGUCAUAUUCCCGUUUAGGAUCAUGUACUGCACCGUAGUGUACCCCCUGACCAUCUACCCUGCGUUCUUUGGCUACUACUUCUUUAACGGCCUCAUGAUCACGCUCCAGUGCCUGCACAUCUUCUGGGCCGUGCUCAUCAUCCGCAUGGCCGUCAGGUUCCUCACCAGCAAUGAAAAGGUAGAGGAUGCCAGGAGCGACAAAGAGGAGACGGACGACUCGGAGGAAGAGGAGGAGAUGAAGAACGGAGGUGUGAAGAAGAACGGCCCUGUCCAGAACGGCCACGUCACCCACAACCACAACAACAGCCACCACAAAACAGAAUGAUGGAGCCACGUCAGGGACCACCAGGACCAGCACCACCACACAGAGCGCUGGGGCAGAGGAGAGGAGAGGAGAGGAGAGAGGAGAGGAGAGGAGAGGAGAGGAGAGAGGAGAGGAGAGGAGAGAGGAGAGGAGAGAGGAGAGGAGAGGAGAGGAGAGGAGAGGAGAGGAGAGGAGAGGAGAGGAGAGAGGAGAGAAGAGGAGAAGGGAAGAUAUCAGGAAAGGACUAUCCCUCCCCCAUACAUAUAUUGCCACACAAAUUCAAACACAUACACACACAACACACAAUCUCACUCACUCUCUGUCUCUCUCUCUUAACACACCCACACACACACACACACACACACACACACACACACACUCACACACACACACACACACACUAACCCAUUCACCCAUUUUAUGCAUGACACUACAAAUUGAUAUACACACAGGUGUCAUCCCAAACGUACAUCACAGGAAGAAACACAGAAAUCACACAAAUAUACAACACGCCCUGUUCCAUAACAGUCAUUGGAAAAGCCAGAGCCAAAUGUGCCAAAGCCUUCCUGUGGAUUCUCUCUCCAGUGGUGCCUCUUGAUGGAUAGAGGGGGGGAGAGAGGGAGAGAUAGAGUCAGGGAGAAGGAAAAAGGAGGAGGGAGUGAUGCUGCUUAAUGUCUAUUGUCCUUAUUUGUGACUUGUGUGCCUUAUCUAUAGUCCUGCCUCUACUGUGUUGUUUCCCGUGUCAAUGUCACCCCCUGAGUAACUAACUCUGAAGUGACCCCAGACUACACGUUCCACAUAGGGGCCAGAUCCGCCCCAACUCCACGCCACAUCUGGUCCAAUCAGCAGAGAUCCGGGUGUGGUUACCAAUCAGACCUGCCUGCUGUUUUAGUCUAAAAAACGAUAUUUAUAACGACCAUGUUAAAUUAGCCUUACUCUCCAAUACAGCGCAACAUUUCAACUUUCAGUAAUACAGGAGGUACUAGAAUGUCCAAGCCUUUCUAUGCAAUUAUUGGGGAAUCUUUAUUUGAUUGAAAACUGGGGGUUACUUUUUGGGAAUCUGGUAGGAAUUGUCCCCAUUUGUAAUCAGAUGUUUUUAGCGCUGGACUGUUGCUUCAUCUGAUCGGGUAGGCAAGGUUUCCUAGGUCUGAAAUGCCCAGGUCAGAGGAAUGAGCUAACUCUGUCCACCAAGCUGGGCCUCUAGCCCGUGGACAACAUUAGUCAUGACCAGAACCCGUUCUGUACUGCCGCUUCCUGUCUGACCACCAGAACGUUAAGCCACAGCGGCCGUGCCCUUCACAGCAGCCGGGAGCCUGUCCUCAGAGGAGAGCCAGAGGAGCUCCUGCUUGCCUCAGGGCUGUUGUUUUAUAGUCCCGCCCAGAAGUCAGUGCUGUAACAGAUCUGGGCCUUGUCUGGCAUGGACCUGGCUGAGAUAAGGCUCACGUCUGGCACACACUUAGCUGCUGUCUGGGUUGCUAUGGGUUUGUUGAUUCAGUCCCUAUGGAAACGUUUCACUGUUUUGAUGGGGAGAUGAUUGAGUUUGUUUAAAUGUAAUUUUUGUAGAUGUACAAAAACCUGAAGAAAUGCGGUCAUGGAUGUAUAGAUAUAAAUGUAAAUCACUGUGUGUCUCUACAGUUGUAUUGUAUCUGUCUCUUUAUGGUGUUUGAACCAACAAAACACUUCCAAUGUUUUUUCCGCUAUCAAUGUUUUCCAGUCUUUUGUGCUGGAAACCCUGUGAAAUGCUGCACCACCAAGACCAGAAGAGUUGAUGGUACUUCCAUUCCAGCGUAACGGGUGCCUGUGAUUCUCACUCUGACUGUCUGUAUGUUUCUGCUGGAUCACUAGUGCUAUGACUCAUGGGUAUUUUUUUUCCAUUGUGUAAAUAUGAUGUCAGAGCGACAGAUAAUUUGAGGAGAGUGGGCAAGUUCGGUCAGUCGAAGUGGGUUGAUUUUUUUUUUAUGAUUCCAUUAUGAAAAAUUGGUUUCUUUUAAAAGAGUCGGUUGUGAGGUUUUUUUUUUUUUUUUUAAACCUAGACAUAGCAGAACUGAAUGCAGUUUAUUUCUGUUUUCUGUCAACUUGUUUUGAUGGUGGUUUACAGCAAGAACUCUUGUUGAGUGGAGCUGCGGUGUUAUGUGUUGUCCAAGUGCCUUAUCUCUUUUGAGAAGUUUAUCACCCAGCCUUCCCCCACCCUGCAUCCCUCCGUCUCCUUCCUCCUGUCAGUCUGUGCUCCUCCUCCUCUCUCCAAAAGCUGAAACGGACAUGGUGCUGACCUUAGCUUGACCCCUUAGCCAGUCAGCAGCUAUUUGGACAGUGUGUGUUCUGAUUGAAGCCCUCGUUCUCUAAGGACAGCUUCUUUAACUGGUGUCCCAGCUGAUCGGCCUCAUCUCCCUCUCCAUUCACUUCCUUUGAAAGUGCACUCUGACCAAACUGCACCCUAUGUUUGUACUGCUACACAAAACAGACCCCAAAUUAGACUGUUUUCAUUUUUUUGUUUUGUUAUGAUGCUGAAUUGUUAUUAUUAAUGAGAAUAAAUAGAAUCAUGAGUUCAUGUGAUAUGACAA